ACGAAGCGGAGCUGCCGGAGGCGGGCCGCUUUCGGCGGGACCUGCCCCGGAGGCACACGAUCUCGGGCUCGCGACCCGUGCUGCGCCACUCGGACGCCAUGGACCUGGACAGUAACAAGAGCUCCUCGGACUCGGAACGCUCCGGGCAGUCCCAACAGCGCGGCUACCCGCCGGCCAAGCCGGAGAGGCGUAGCUUCCCAAUCUUCUCUGGCGGCCGAGCCAACAGCGCCAGGCAGCAG